AUGGCUUCUGCGUUACUACCGUUUUCAAUUGAGAAUUUAUUGAAGAAAGCAGAAUAUGCUGCCGAUUUGACAGCUCAAGUUGAUGCGUUGAACUUCUGUAAAGAUGCAUCGCCAAGCUCAUCCUGGAUUAGUAUUUCUGGUUCCGUUACUGUUAGUACUAUCAGUGACAGCGAUAACAACAAUAAUAAUAGUAAUUUCAAUAGUUUUGCAACUAAACUCGAUGACAGACGCACUGCUGUCGAUCGUAAUGGUAGUGGUGGAUCAUUAUCGAGCGAUGACAAACGUAAAACAUUCGAAUGCAAAGACUGUGGCAAAAUUUUUAAUGCGCAUUACAAUUUAACUAGGCAUAUGCCUGUACAUACAGGCGCUAGGCCAUUUGCAUGCAAGGUUUGUGGUAAAGCAUUUCGUCAGGCUUCAACGCUCUGUCGUCAUAAAAUUAUUCACACCGAACAAAAACCGCAUACGGUCGGUUUUUUAUAUUUCUGCUUAUUCGUCUAUCAGAUGCAGCAAACCAAGCAGCAUCUAUUUCAAGAUCCAGAUGAGCGCUUACUAACUAUUCAUUUUUUGCAGUGUCCAACGUGCGGCAAGUGCUUCAAUCGUUCAUCAACACUUAAUACGCAUAUCCGAAUUCAUUUAGGUGAGAUGAACGGUGAUAGAUACUGCAUCAACUCAGUCUUAUUUGCAGGAUAUAAACCGUACGUAUGUGAGUUAUGUGGUAAAGGUUUUCAUCAGAAUGGUAAUUAUAAGAAUCACAAGUUAACGCAUAGCGGCGAGAAACGUUUCAAGUGUGCCGUAUGCAAUAAAGCAUUCCAUCAAACUUAUAAUCUUACUUUUCAUAUGCAUACGCAUCGUGAACAGAAGCCAUUCCAGUGUGCGAUCUGCACAAAAGGCUUCUGUCGUAAUUUUGAUCUCAAGAAACAUAUGCGUAAAUUACAUCUGAUCGCAGCUGCGGCCGCUACCGCUCAUCAUCUAUCGAAAUCGUCAGAUAUCUAG